AUGGAUGAAGUUAACUUAGUACCAACAAUGGAUGAAGCUAACUCAGUGCCAACGAUGAUGGAGGUAAACCAAGGGGUGCCUGGUUCAAACCAAAAGGUCCUAACUUUUGCCAAGGACCAAUCUGGAAGUAUUACCGCUCUUGGGGCAACGAGAUUUAAUAAGGAAGAAUCUAGGAAAGCAUGUCUUAGGAUGGUUAUUAUUGAUGAGUUGCCAUUUAGUUUUGUAGAUGGAGAAGGGUUUCGUCACUUUUGUAGUGUUGCAUGCCCUAGGUUUAUACCGCCAUCUCGUAGAACACUUGCUAGAGAUUCGCUUGCACUUUACUAUGAUGAAAAGCAACUUUUGAAAGCAAAGUUAGCUGCAUAUAGAGUCUGCCUUACUACUGACACAUGGACAUCUGUCCAAAAUAUAAACUAUAUGGUUCUCACUGCACAUUUCCUAGAUGGUGAUUGGAUGUUGCAUAAGCGUGUGUUGAAUUUCUGUGUAAUUCAAAAUCACAAGGGUAGGACAAUUGGCAGACUUAUUGAGAAGUGUUUGAUUGAUUGGGGUAUAGAGAGGGUACUCACAAUAACCCUAGAUAAUGCAUCUGCAAAUGAUAAAGCUGUAUCUUAUUUGCAAAAUAAGAUGAAGGAUUGGCCGAAUAGAGGUUUGUUGUUAGAUGGUGUCCACUUACAUAUGAGAUGUUGUGCUCAUAUUGUAAACCUCAUUGUAACCGAUGGUUUGAAAGAGUUACAUAAUUCUGUUAAGAGUAUUCGUGAUACUGUCAUGUGGAAUUCCACCGACAUGAUGCUAGAAGUUGCUUUGAAAUUUAAAAAGGCUUUUUCUAGGUUGGAAGAUGAGGAUGGGCAUUUUAGAAGCUACUUUGGUAGAGGGAAUACACCACCAGUUGAGGAGGAUUGGGCAAAUGUUGUUGUCUUUGUUAAGUUUUUAAAAAGUUUUUAUGACUUCACUUUGAGGUGUAGUGCCACUUUGCAUGCCACAGCCUAUACUACUUUUCAUGACUUAUUUGCAAUUGAUUGUGAAUUGGCUGAAUUGAGUGUAGUAGACAAUCCUCUUCUAUCGAACAUGGCUCAAAAUAUGAAAUUGAAAUAUGACAAGUAUAAAUUGGACAAUUUAUCAAUGCAUAUUGCUUAUUUGUAUGUGGAACAUGAUGCUUAUGUUGUCGAGAAGACAGCUAGUGUGAGAGUUCUUUUGUUUAAACUUUAUGGGGUGUACGAGGCAAGUUUUGUUAGUAAUCCAACUCAAAGUUUUAGUAGUUCUACUACAUCCUCAAGUAUUGGCAGCAGCAUAGUGAUUGAUAGUUCUAACUCCUCAAGCUUCGAAGUUUUAGCGGUCAUUGCAAGAGAUGUGCUUGCAAUUCCAGUCUCUACAGUUGCUUCAGAAUCUACUUUUAGCACAGGAGGGAGAACAAUUAACUCAUUUCGUAGUUCCUUGAGUCCUGCUAUGGUUGAGGCUUUAAUUUGUACACAAAAUUGGUUGAAGUGUACUUCAAUAUCUUUAAUAGUUCAGCCCACUAUUGAGGAGAUGGAGUUUUAUGAAACCAUUGAGUCAGUAUGGGGACAUGCUGGAAACUGGGCGGCCUUUAAUGAAAUGGAAAUUAUGAACUUGUAUUUUGGAUAG